GAGGAAACCUCUCCGACUACCGCGAAAGUAAGCUUUUUGACCAAUGAAGGAUCCGUAAAAUCUCGCGAUACUCCCAGCUCGCGGGAAAGCUGUCAUGGCUGCGCCUGUAUAGAAGCAGGGGGUUCUGACCUCAGGAAAACAAGGUCAUGCCUUCUCUUUCACUCCUUGAAGUGGCAUUGUAUUAUACAGACUAUUUUAAAGUGAUUUGAAAGUGUUUGAGUGAAUAGCACAAUGAAUAACAGAGCAGGUUCCUUUUUAUGGAACCUCAGACAAUUCAGUACUUUAGUUCCAACAAGCAGAACUAUGAGGCUAUGCCCUUUGGGAUUUUCCAGACCAAAAAUUGCUUAUUCAAACUGGAACCCAAGAAACCUUCUCUUAAGUGACUUUGGUAAUGGAGUGCAGUCAUCUAUUAGAUAUCUAUUUCAGGAUGCCUUAAUUUUUAAAUCAGGAGACAAUUUUCAAACAAAGGGCAUAGGCACUGAAACAGUCCUUACAGUCGACAGACUGCUUUGUCCUAGGAGACUGUCCUUUGAUUCAAAACACUCUCUUGACCCUGAUGAUGGAUUGAAGAAGAUAACAGUUCAUCAUAAGGCUUCCAAUGAAGAUGUGCUCAGCAAGGAAACAAAACCAACCCCUGUCAACUAUAAAGAACUGUCUCAGGAGUGUAGUUCUCUGAGUGAUGUGUUAGAUACCUUUUCAGAAGGACCUACAUUUCCCAGCAGUAACUAUUUUUCAGCAAUGUGGAUAAUUGCCAAAAGGAUGUCUGAUGACCAGAAGCGUGUUGAAAAACAACUGAUGUUUAACCACCCUGCAUUUGACCAGCUGUGUGAACAAAUGAUGAGAGAAUCCAAGAUCAUGCACUAUGACCACCUGCUAUUCAGUCUUCAUGCUAUCGUGAAGCUUGGAAUUCCUCAGAACACUCUGCUGGUACAGACUUUGCUGAGAGUGGUCCAGGAACGUAUCAAUGAGUGUGAUGAGAAAUGUCUUUCAGUUUUGUCAACUCUUUUAGAGGCAAUGGAGCCAUGUAAGAAUGUGGACGUUAUUCGAGCAGGAUUACGGAUACUAGCUGAUCAGCGAGUCUGGAAAAUAGAACGUGUCUUUACAUUACAAGCUGUGAUAAGAUGUGUUGGAAAAGAUGCACCAAUCGCCCUUAAAAGGAAACUGGAGAUGAAAGCCUUGAGAGAAUUAGACAGAUUUUCUGAUUUGAAUAGCCAGUACAUGUUUGAAGCAUUAGCUGCCAUGAAUUACCGCUCUAUUACACUUCUGGAUGAAUGCAGUAAGAUGGUCAUAGGUAAUAUUCAUGGGUGUCCUUUUAAAGUACUGAUCAGCAUAUUGCAGUCUUGCAGAGACCUCCGGUACCGUAAUUUAGAUCUUUUUAAGGGAAUAGCAGAUUAUGUGGCUACAACUAUUGACAUCUGGAAGUUAAAGCAAGUUCUCUUUCUCCUCAUUUUAUUUGAAAACCUUGGCUUUCGACAUACUGAUUUGAUGGACUUGUUCAUGAAGAAAGUGAUAGCUGACCCUGCCUCCCUGAACAUGAAGAGCAUCAUUUGUAUUCUUCAUGUGUAUUCUUCUCUCAAUCACGUCUACAGAUGCCAGACCUCAGAGUUCCAAGAAGUUAUGGCUAGUUCUCUGACUGGUUAUCUUCACCACAUCUCUUCUGAAAAUCUGUUGAAUGCUGUGUGUUCAUUUUGCUUGAUGAACCAUUUUCCCAUGGCCCUCAUUAAUCCACUUCUCCAAAAGGACGUCAUCAAUGAGCUGCUGAUAUCAGGUGAUGAGAGAAAUGCUCAAAAGCUUCGUAUUUUGGCUGCUUGCCUAAAACUGGAUAUUUCUUGUCAUGUGGCCGAAGACUUGGACCUGCCACCGCUGCUGUCCUCGGCAUUAUAUCCAAAUGUGAAGGUGGCAGACGCGCUAAGUAGCCUUCUGGGAGAAGGAUACUUCUCAAAACACAUACAGUUGCCACACAAUUAUCAUAUUGAUUUUGAAGUCAGAAUGGAUAUUAACAGGAGUCAAGUGCUUCCAUUUUCUGACGUGGUAACUUCUGCUGCAGAUAUUCAAAGAGUAGCUGUACUGUGUGUUCCUAGAUCUACUUACUGUUUGGAUUUAGCCCAUCCCAGAGGAUUCCUUGCUAUGAGAUUGCGACAUUUGAAAGUAAUGGGUUUUCACGUAAUCUUGGUCCAUAAUUGGGAGGUGGAAAGGCUGGAGAUGAAGGAUGUAGUCACAUAUUUGAAGACCAAACUCUACUCAACUGAAGCCUUUCUUCCUGCUGAUGUCACUCUGCAAAGCACGUGUUAAAGUCAAAGCGGACCUAAGUUCGUAAGAGAAUGUCAACGCAGACUCACUUCAGUUGUCGGUGGCAUUCACCUGACUGCUCACCGUAACAGAAAGUGUCACCAUCGUUAAAAUUAGCUUAAGAGUAGAAGAAAUGUUGUUCUUGGCAUUUUAGAAGGUGUCUCCAGAAGGGUCACUUUUGCAACCAUACCUGUUCCCUCUAGGGCCCAGAUAUCUGACAGAUUCGUGGGCCGUAGGUUUUACUUUUGCUCCUUAGCUUUGUUGUAUUGAACACUGGUUUCUUGGUUGCGCUGGGCUGCAGCUCAGGUGGCUUGGGCAGUCCUUGUGCUCAAAUCUCCACAUCUGCACCUUGCCGUAAGCUGUUCUCGGACUCAGGCGUUGACCACAUUUUUCAGCGUCGACCGCAUGGCAGUUAGCCGGGUGCUCGAAUGGCAGUGUGUGUAAGAAAUGAUGAGGUAGCAUGUGCGGAAUGGCUGCAGAUGGGAUCUACAUUUGUAGCAGGCGUUCAAGGUGGAAGUAGUUCGUGGGCCGCACGGAGAGACGCACGGAAGAGACCGUGCAGAGAUGGCAAGGAGUCCGAAGUUAUUAGGCUGUGGGUUGCGAGCAUCACUUUUGCCAUUGCUGAGGUCAUUCCUUUCCCUUCCUUCCCCUCUACCCAUCCCACCAUUUCAUGAAGUCUUUAAGAUUAAAGAUACAGCUGGACAAUGUUGUGAGUUCAGACCUGAGGACUGUUUUUCAAUCAUGUUUAUUCAUUUUUUUUUUUUUUUUUUUUUUUUAAAGAUUUUAUUUAUUUAUUCGACAGAGAUAGAGACAGCCAGCGAGAGAGGGAACACAAGCAGG